CUAGCAGACACAGAAUCGAGGCGCAAAAUGGCUGCCCGGAACUGAGCCGAAUCUGCUGAUCCUGGUGGUGAGUGACCGUUAGUAGUAGAGGAAUUUAACGGUUAACGUGAGGCAGGCGCGUGCCGAUUGUCAGCGCUUGCGUUGCGUGUGAGACCGUCCCUGAAAACGGCGGCUGGCCUAGUCCAAGGAAGGAAAUAAAGGGUGGUGUGACUCGGCCAGGAGCUCUUAUUGGAGAGCUGUGCUGAGGGGGUUGUUCUAAUCGUUUAUGGGACUCCUGCCUGUACUGUUAGAGUUAGCAAGGAGCUGGAUCGCCACGUAGAAAAAUGGUUUUGCAAGCCUCUUCUUAGUAUUCUUCCCCCGGGUUCUGGUCAACUUAGAAUAGGCGGGCGGUUAUAUAAGCUCGUGUACCUGACCCCUUCAUGACACCCCCAUUUUUAUGGGCCGGAAUUGAGACGGCAAUAUUUGAAUCGUUAUUAUUUUUGCUAUUGAAUAUUUCUGGACGUGUAAAACAAAAAUCACCAAAAGGGACAAAUAUAUAUAAAAAAAACAAACUUAACGGAGCCGCUGUGCUAGUGGUAACCUGCUAAGGCACAGAGCUCUAAUCAAGAGAGACAUAACGCUGCUACCCUGUUAUUGCUGCUCCCGGCGGUAUUUUAAUAAACGAGCUGUUCAUAUAUAGGUGGAGCUUGACGUUGUUAAGCUGAGAGAUUUUCAUUUGGAUUCGUUUUGGUCACCCUAUUAUGAUGAGACCUGCGGUGUGUAGUAAUCUGGUGGGUUAUUGGCUAAAGUAACUGAAUUUGGAAAAUUUCUGUUUUUAGUCUGGGUGUUUUUGUGCAAACAUUUGAAUUCACGAUAUUUCCCACUAUAUUAAAGGACCACUAUGGUGACACAGACCACUUCAGCUCAAUAAAGUGGUCUGGGUGCCAGAUCAUCCAGGUUUUAACCAUGCAGCUGUAAACAUAGUAGUUUCAGAGAAACUGCUAUGUUUACAUUGCAGGUUUAAUCCAGACUCUAGUAGCUGUCUCCCUGAUAGCCACUCGAGGCGCUUCUGUGACGCUCAAUGCCAAAAUCGCAUUGAGAAAUGCUUUCCUAUGGGCGUUUUUGUUGCGCGCGCAGCUCUGGCUGCGCAUGCGCAUUCGGCUCCACUGGGGAGCUGAUGUCGGAUGGGGAGGAGAGAUCACCAGCGCCGAGGGAGCAUGGCGCUGGAUGAAGGUAAGUGGCUGAUGGGGUUUUAAUCACCUUCAGCGCCGAGGGAGGGCGGCCCUGAGUGUGGGGUGGGGGUACCUAAGGAUUAUAUAGUAAUAGGAAAACGAGUUUGUUUUCCUGACACUAUAGUGGUCCUUUAAACAGCCCUGAGGUUUUUAUUUUCAUAACGCCAACCAUAGGCGUGUGCAGCCUGUUGCAUUAGGGUGUGCACCCUAAAGCACAAGCACACGCCGCAUAUGUAUGUAUGUAUAUAUACACGCACAUUGCUAUGUGGGUGAGGGUGUUUGUGUGUGUGUGCGCUUGUGAGGGUGCUGUUAAUGUACUGUGGGUGAGGGUGCUGUUUGUGUGUUAGGGUCCUGUUAGUGUGCUGUUUGUGUGCUGUAUGUGUGAGGAUGCUGUGUGGGUGUGGUUUGGGUGAUUUGUGGGGGUGGAGGCAGAUUAGUUAAUAAAUAUCCCCCCUCCCUUCUUACCUUAUGUAGGGAGGGGGGACCGCACUGCCUUCCCUGGUGGUCCAGUGGAGGUGGGGGCAGUUUGCUUAAUAUCCCCCCUCCCUUGUUACCUUAUGCCAGGGAGGGGGGAUCCUUUCUGCCUUCCCAGGUGGUGAGAGUGAACGCUAUUGAGCCUAUUAAGAAAAGCUGAAUUAACACACUAGUGGAUGCAGCUCAUUUCAGAAUGGAAACAAAGAAAUCAUAAAAAGAACUGUCCACAUAUAUGGUGGCCAUUUAAAGGGAUACUUUGUGCCAGGAAUACAAAGCUGUAUUCCUUGCAAUACCGAUCCCACUAUCACCCCCCUCCACGGUAAAUAAAGGGUUAAAACCCUUUAUGUAUUUACCUUACCCAGCACCAAUGCCGGCACUGGGUAGAAUGCAUUGAUUCAAUGUCUCUCUGAGGAGGUGCUGAUUGGCCAAAACUUCGUCGGAUUGGCUAAAAACUGCAAUUUUGAUGAUGUCACUGGGGGGCUGGGCCAGCACUGGCAGACCUGUGGAGAGUUUUAACCCAUUUUCUUAAGGGGGGCAAGCCACCUAAACUGUCAAGGAAUUCACUUUGUCCAAGGAAAAACCCAAGCUUUUAGAUAAUUGUAUUUGGGUAGGUCUUUUUGCACCUAUCGUUCCUGUAUGUGUUUGUGUUAGUACGUAUUGUACAGCGUCGUAGAAUAUGUUGGCCCUAUAUAAAUAAUUGUAAUUGCAUCUUUGAGAGAUAUAUCCCUGAUUGAAAAUUUCACAUACACCCAGAAUGUGUAUACCUUUACAGGUCUCACCAGUGUUUUAUCUGAAACAGGUGUACCAAAUAUCUAAGAGUAUGUUUGACAAAUUUGCUUGGAAUCUAGGAGCCAGCAAAAAAAGUUAGGAGCCAGGUUUUUCAAUGUCAAAAAUACAAUUCUUAAAGGGACACUAUAGUCACCAGAACCACUACAGCUUAAAGGACCACUCUAGGCACCCAGACCACUUCAGCUUAAUGCGUGCGCGUGCGCACACUCCCUUACUGACACACACACUCACUCACUGGCAUACACACAUUCACUGUCACUGCAAUAAUCACACAUUAAUGUGACCACCCAGCCUGGUUGAGCUUUCCCUGUGGUCUAGUGGGGCUUCCAUCAUCUCCCUGCACUGCUCCAUAGAGCGCUGUUUAGUGAUGCCGGGGCCGGAAAUCAUAGUCUUCACGGUGACCUGGCGCCUGGGAAUUACCGAUCCCUGUCUUAUAGGCAAUAAAGAAAUAACACACAGGUGGUCUGAACACUGCCCACAACCAUGCAGUUAGGCUGUACAUUGGUGGGCCAGCAAAUUGCACACAAAUAAGCAGUUAAGCCAGGGCUUGACAAAUUUGCGUUCAAUCUAGGAGCCAGUUUUUUUUUUUCAACGACGACAAAAAUACAGUUCUUAAAGGAACACUUUAGUCACCAGAACCACUACAGCUUAAUGUAAUGAGCACUUCCUGUCAGUCCGGCCAGUACAGGAAACUGAAGCAGGAAACUGAAGCUCCUGUACCGUGGUCCGCUCUGCUCCUCUCGACCAAGCUACACCGAGUGACUAGUAGGGGGAGCGCUGUGUGCUUCCUUCCUGACGGUCACUCGAUUCUUGCGCCCUAAUGCGGCCGUGUGUUUCGCCUUAUGGACGCGCCUGGCAGGUGUGCGCUGGGCUACUGCCUCCUCUCACAUUAUCAGCAAUAUUUUCCAAAAUCUGAAGUAUCGGCCAAAUAUCUAUCAAUUAAUGCAUCUCUAUGAGGAGAUGCUGAUUGGUAAUUGCUAAUCUCCGCUACAGAGGCGGGACAGCUACUGCAAGACCGGCAUGGCGAUGGAAAAAAGAGGAGUAAAAACAUAAUUUCCAAUGCGAUCGGUGCGGGCUGGUGACCUAAAUAUACAAAUUCACUGACCGACACCCGUACUCACUCACACACUUGACAGAGAAAGACAGGCAGGCAUACACACUUGACAGAGACAGACAGGCAAUAGUGUUCCUUUAAGAAUUGUAUUUUUGUCGUUGGGGGGGAGGAGGAAUGGCUCCUAACUUUUUUUUUUUAGCUGGCUCCUAGAUUGAAAGCAAAUAUGACAAGCCCUAUCAUAUAAAUCUUGAAAAAGACCCGGCAGGGUCAAAACGUUGGUCGAUUUCUGUAUACAUCCUAUGUAUUAAUAAAGCACUAUUUUUCACCUAUAUGAAGAACUGUGAGUGCAUCCCAUUUUUUUAUUUUUUUCUAUAUAUUGGACGUCAGCGGAUACAGCAAGAAAUCUUUAUUUUUAAUGUAAGGAGAGUGCCAAGUAUAUAUGUGUGUGUGUGUAUGUGUGUAUAUGUGUGUAUAUAUAUAUAUAUACACAGAAAUUGAAAAAUAUAUUUUUAGCCACCCUUCUAACUUUUGGGCUCAGGAGGGUGGCUCCCUUGGGGUCCAGUGGGACUGGGCAGCAGCAGGUGACAUCUGGUUAGUGUGGCUGGCUGCGGCUAAUAGGAGUAGGCAGCUGCUGUUGCAGACUCCCUCUUCCUCUGUGUGUGCCGGGAGGAAGUGAAGGAAACUGUAAUAACUUCCUCCCUACGCUGAGGUCAUGCAGGGUAAAGGUCGGCUGGCUGGCUCUGCGGCAUGGGGCCGUAGGGGAGCAGGGUCGCUCAUUCGGUAUGGGGGCAGCAGGCAGGCGGGGAGCAGAGCUGUCUUUACCUAGUGUCCUGCCAGAGAUUGCCAUUCCCCUGCGAUGCCUCUGCACCGGGAGGAAGUAAUUACAGUUCUUCACUUUCUCCCGGCGCACAGAGAGCUGCAUGGGGAUUGAGACAGGAGGAGGAGGGAAUGAGCUGACCAGUCGCCAUGGCGACCUGGUGCCUGGGAUUUGUCAAGUCCUGAGUUAAGCAGUAUAUAGCCCACAAACAGGCAGUUAAGCAGUACAUAGGUUGGUUAUCUGCACCAAAACAAAAGAUAACUUUCACAUGCAUUUGCUGAUAGAGGAGAUGAAUCACAACCUGUGUGUACAUUCCUUUUCUGGUUAUUGGAGAGACAGAACAAUCCAUGCGUUUGUUCCACAAUAAGGUUGGCCUUCACAAGCAUUAUAGGAAACCCAACCUUUCUGCAACACUGAGACCAGGGUACAGCCUUUUCCUUCAUGGAAAUAGCCCAGAAUUUUGGUACAAGCUUGAUGAAACACAACCCCAUAUGUACUUGCCUUAAAGAUCUCAACUGUGCUUGUGCAUGCUAUAUGAAUAACGAGGCUAAAAGCAAUUGGUGUACCAACAACUUUGCCUAAUUGCCUCUCUGUGUGUAGAUAAAAUGAUGCUACCAGAGGCUAAUGUGGAUUGCACCCGACAGUCACAUAGCCAAAAAUGAAUUUAUUUAGGAAAGAAAGAGAGACUAUCUAGGUGAAAGCUACUUGUCUCACCUUAAUAAGCCUCUGGUGUGCUUGAGGGCUGGUGAGAGCUCACUUUUAACUAAUUUGAAACACACUCGGUUGCCAGAUAAUUACUGCUCGGUUUAAAUACCCUGCCAUUAGGAACCAGAGUUGGCGCCAGGUGCCACGAUCGUUUGGUCAUGUGCGUAGCACUCUAUGAUCUACCCAACUUGUUCUGACUGCCACUUAGACGUUUGGAAAAAGUUUGUAUGUGUGCCGGCAGAUUGCAACCAAUUAGUUCCAAGAGACUCUGCAGUCUGGUUGUUAACACCCUUUGAAUGUGUCCUGUGGUAGUCCCAAGCUCAUGGUGGCAGACCCCCACCUAGAAAUUUGUUGUCCGCCUCUGUAUUGGUGAUAUAUGUGCACCUCUCUGUGUAGACAUCCAUAUUUUCAAUGUCUGUGAUGUUGGCGAAGAGAGGUCACUCCCCUCAGCAGAUAAGUUCUUCAAGUUCCAGAUGAAAGCAAUGUGUGAGGAAUUGCCUAUCCCACAUUCUAGGGUGAUCCACUGUUUCUGAGGUGGAUUAGUGUGCCAUUCUAGGACCCUAUGGAGAACUGUAAAUGUAGCAGUCUGGGUAGGAUGUUCUUCACUACUGCCGAGCCAUGGUAUGUGCGAGUAGUUCCAGUUUACCACGUCUUGGUGUAUUUGGGUUAAGAGUAUCAAGAAGUCCGUCUGAUAUAAGGCAGCCGGGUCCUUUGUGAUCCACAUGCAAUAUCAUUGGGGGGGGAAUGAAGGGCAGCAUCGUUAUCCGAGAGCACUGGUACGUUAAGUAUUUCGCACUUAGGUUUAGUUUGAGUCCCAAUAAUAGGCCAUUCUUCUUGAAUUCCCUCAUUAGACAAGGCAGUGAGAGUCUGGGUUGAGUAACGAAAAACAGCAUAUCGUCUGCAUGUGCCGCGACCUUACGGGUAACUCCUCGGACGUCAUUGAUGUAUGCAUUUUGCCACACCUCUUCCAACAGUGGCUCUUAUGUUAGGCCAAAGGGGACAGGGGGCAACCCUGCCUAGUGUCAUUUCGGAUUAGGAAUGAGUCGUCAGUGAGUAAAUCUAUUUUAAGUUUUUCAUUAGUUGUACUUGGUGUGUAAAACUGAGAAAAUAUUUAUUUUAAAUAUUUUAUUGUUAUUUAAUAUUGUGUUAUAUAUAAAAAAUGUGUGGGUGCUUUAAAAGGGAAACUAUUAUCACCCAGACGACUUUAUCUCAUUGAAGUGGUCUAGGUGCACUGUCCCUUUCUCCUUAACUCUGUAAUCUAAAACAUUGCAGAUUCAGGGAAACUGCAAUGUUUAUGUUGCAUGAUUAAAGGAACACAAUAGCAUUAAGGAUACAUAUCUGUAUUCCUGAUGCUACAGUCCUGGUGUCCCUUAACAUUUUGCCCCCUCUGGUAGCACUAUUCUGAAGGCCUGCUGAUGGGUCAGCCCAAUGCUCUUCAGAGAGAGACUACAAUUCCUCCAUAGAAAAUUAUUGCCUGACCGUGACAGCACUGCACCUGGGCAUGCAACGUCAUGGUAUGUUACAAUAUGAGAGCUGAGAAGUAAGAUUCCCGGUGUUCUAUCAAAUUUCCCUACCCGUGAAAAUCCCUUACCCUCGUCAGUUCCAGUGUGGGGAAUCGGAUGGAGCCUGCCGACUCUCAUACCCAGAGGACAUGGAGGUGUGUCUUGAAACUGUACUUCCAAGCCUUCUAAUGUUUUAAUAUUGUUUUUUUAGGGGAUAGGAGGGGAGGGGCCUAAGGGACACCUGGGUGUUAGGAAAACAGGUUCAAAUUGUGGUAGAAUUAAUUUAGCAAACAUUCCAAAAGUUCUUCGUCGCAUCUCAAUAUAGCCUUGAACCAUAAGGGGUUAAGGGACAUUUGACUGUAUGUGUGUGUUUUGGAUCCCUGGUGAUUCAGUGGCAGAGGGUGCAGACUUAAGUCACCACUUCCUCGCUGUCAGAAUUCUUAUUGAGUGCAGACCAAGAAUACCAGCAGUUACACUGUGACUCAUGCAGUGCGUGUGAGUAUAUAUAUCUGUGUGUCCGCUCAUGCCUAAUUUACAAAAUCAAAACGUCCUUAUUGCAUUUUUCUUGUCAUAAGACAGGCAGAGAGUGUAGCUUCUUUAGGGUCCUUGUGUCAGGAUUAUAGUUGAUCCAGAACACAGAAUAGUAUCAUACCUAGGACUAAGGAUGACGUCUAACUGGAACUUAGAAUGGCCGGAUUUAACGUACCUGAGAAUAGUCAAAAUACUUGCCGAGGUCAGGGACACAGAAAGAGACACAACGAUGAGGAAAGCCAGAAGUCAAGGAUACCAGAAAUCAGGGAAGUCAAAACUAAGCCAAAGUCAAAUACCAGAAAAACACAAUCAGGAACAUACUCUCAGAUAACCAGCUAGUGGAAACCACGACAGGGCACUGACAAAAAGGUAAUUUGUGUUUAAAUAACCCUCCUUAGGCUGCAAUUGGCUGUUUCUGACCUCUGACCCCAAAACAUGCGUCGUCUUUGAUGUGGGCGGGUGUAAGUCUCCUAUUAAAACCGGAACCACAGCGGCCGGCGUCUCUAGGAACGCCGUACUCGCUGGGGACCAGGAUAUGAGGAGUCGGGCAGCGGUUUGCCGCGACCAAGGUAAGUAUUUGACACCUUGCUAUGUUAUGAAUUUCCCAAUUUUGUGCUAACUGAUAUGCAGGAUUUCCAGUCUUGUUAACCUUGCUAUUAUAGCAAUAAUUCAUGCCUUAUUCUCAAAAGAUCCUUAUCCUUGCUUCAUUUUACCUAAGUCAACCCCUUUCAAAUAUCAUGAACAGUUUCAAACUUAGCAUGUUUCCUUCUGCUUGUAGUCUCCAUUUAUCUACUGCUGGUAACUGCAUAUGAAUAUUGAUCUAUUUUUCCCAAUUUGCAGAUUACUUUACCCUUAAUAUUUUUGAAAGCCACCACAAAUCUGGGAGCAAUACUAAUCUUCUUUCAAGCACCUUAAAGCUACACUACAAAGUCCUAUUGCCAUUUUGACACAAUUUCUGGGAGAGGUAAUACAGAUACAUGUGUUUUCAUGAAGAGAGGGGACAAGCCAGAAGGACACAGGCAAAUGAGGCCCAAAACCUUCCCGGCCAGCAACUACCCAGGCAACAGCAGGCAAAUGUUGCUAGAAAUACGGGAAAGCCUCCGUCACUUGCCAAAACCAUCUGAUGUUUCCAAAAUGGAGGAUCCCAGGCAGGGUCGCAAUCCUCCCAAGUUUGGCACCUACCAUAAAGCUCUGGCUGAGAUUCGCAACUCUCUGCAACCAUUUGCAAAUGCAACUGGGUCUUCUACCAGAAGUGGUACAGAAGUCAACAGACAAAUGCUUUAUGACUUGCAAGCUGCUGGAUUUAAUGAGGUAAAAUACAUGCAUAUGAAAGGUAGUCCUAUGCCAAAAGCUUUUUGAAUUUACCAAAUUUCCACUAGUUCCCUAAAACUUUUUAAUUAAUGGAAUACUCCAGACACCAAAACAACUUAAUCCAAAUUAAGUUGUUAUGGUGCCUGGAGGCACACUUGCCUCAAGGGGUUAAACCGUUGUCAUUCACUAAACUGGCUUGGAAAGAAACAUACCUUUUUCUAAGCCAGUUUUGUGCAUGGGGAGUCACUGAUUGGCUGAAAGCAUCAGCUGACCGCUCACAGCUAAUCAGUCAUGCCUUUGCCCAGCUUCACCCUGCUCUUCUUGAAUCUGAAAGUUCAGAAGUUGCAUGCCACCUUAGGAGAGUGGACAUCGCCGCUGGAGGCAACUUUGGGGUUAAACUGUUUGAGAAUAAUUUAACCCCUUGAAGUAAGAGUUCCUCCUGGCAUCAUAACAACUUUGUUUAGAUGAAGUUGCUUUUGGUACCUGGAGUGUUCCUUUAAAGGGACACUAGUAACCUGAACCACUACAGCUUAAUGUGGUGGUUCUAGUGUCUAUACUAUGUCCCUUCAGGCUUUUUAAUGUAAACAGCAGUGUUUGUAUUGCUGCCUAAGAACACCUCUAGUGGCAGUCACUCAGAAGAUCACUAGAGAGGUGCUUACACGCUCUGCAUAGCAAGUUAAAGGGACACUAUAGGCACCACAACAACUUUAGCUUUAUGAAGCAGUUUUGGUGUCUUACGACUCAAUUUUGUAAUUUACCUUAAAUAAUUGUAUCUCAAUCUCUAAAUUGAACCUUAAUCACAUACAGGAGGCUCUUGCAGGGUCUAGCAAGCUAUUAACAUAGCAGGGGAUAAUAAAAUCUUAAUUAAACAGAACUUGAAAUAAAGAAAGCCUAAAUAGGGCUCUCUUUACAGGAAGUGUUUAUGGUAGGCUGUGCAAGUCACAUGCAGGGAGGUGUGACUAGGGUUAAUAAACAAAGGGAUUUAACUCCUAAAUGGCAGAGGAUGGGCAUACACCAAAACUGCUUCAUUAAGCUAAAGUUGUUCAGGUGACUAUAGUGUCCCUUUAAGACAAAAACCUAAGACAUUUAUAUGUGCAAAUGUUGAUAUUGUAACCGCAUCUAGUUCCCCUCUUUACCACUAUAACGUCUUAAAGCAUAGAAUUUAGCAGGGCUAACCGUAUAGAUAUCAAAGCUAUAAAAUUAUAUAGGUAAUAAGAGUUUAUCGAUUUUUAAAAUCUAUAAUUAAUUGAGAAUACAGUUAACAUAGGAAUUGUCUUUGAAGCAAUAACGUUUCGUCUUUUAAAAUAUUUUAUUAAACAGACAUAUAAAAACUUAAUAAUACAUUAGAAUAAUUUAUAGCAGAGUUUAUAAAAUUAAAGUAUGUUUGCAAUAUCCAUAAAAUAGAAUUACAUAUCCUCUUGAACAAGUCAACCCCUCAGUCAUGAUAAAAUGGAGCAGCUUCUCUGCAUCCGAAAUUCUCUCCUCUGUCUUUCUUAUAUUGAUAAGUACACAAAUGUAUGCAUUAGAUUUUUUAAUUAAGUCAUGUUAGGACCUUCCUUAACUUGGCAAAGAUAUGAGGCCAUGACUUUUCUCAUUACACAUGACCUAGACAUCUUAUCUAUGCUUAGACUAAAACUUAAGGUUGGACGUGACAUGGAAAAUUCCCUGACUUGGUGUCACACUAACCUAGGACAAGAUGGCAUCUUAAAGUCUAAACCUCAUAUUUCAUAUUCACUGACCAUGGGUAAAAGGUUUAUCAAAGAAACAUUGUAUGAGAAUCAAUAUGUUCCAUUUCUAGCAAAUUGUCAGUUUUCAAAAUCUCUGAAAGAGAAAUACAACUUUCCAUUCUAAAAACAUGUAAUAUUUACAUAUGCCCAAAACAAUAUAAACUCCGAACCUAAUAAUGUGUACUGUUUCAGCAGCCCUCACACAAAAGUGACACACACAAUCCAAUAAAUAACAAAAGUAAAAAGUGUUUAACACAAUUUUUCUCCAAAGUUUAAAUCUGCAAAAAGUCAUACAAACAACAUAACAGUGCUGACCAUGUUAUCUAAAAUAAAAACCAAACAAAAAAAAACAUUAAAAUGUGUAUCUCAGGGUCCAACUCACAUUUACCAGAGCACCGUCAACCAUGGCCCCAUUUGAGAGGGAUAUGUCCCACAGUAUCAAGGAUUAACUGCCCUACACUCUCUUGAGUUUUAAUCUUUAACAUGGUGCAGUAUUAAAUAUAUUUAUUUCUGAAACACAAAAGCAGCUUACUACAGGUCCAGGUGGGUUUCCCAGACAGGUACCCACUACCACCACUCAUCAAACGCUUUCGCGUUCUGAGCUUCUGAGAUUCUCAGCUCCGCUUCCCACUGAUGUGUAGUGAUGCGGUUUGCUAGCCUUAUGGGCUUCAUCUGACUGAUAAGUAAAGCCAUUGACACCCACAGCUAGGGUUGACUGGGCUCUGGUAAAUGUGUGUUAGAUCCCCAGGCAUACACUUGUGUAUACACAAAAGUCUUUUUUCAUCAGAUCAUCUGCAAUAUUAUGCUAUUAAGCCAAUUUCCUGGCACUAUUAACUAGGGUUAAUAGGUCCCCCUCUCUCGCGCCCCCUCUCCUGAGUUGCUGAAUUGCUAAAACCCCUUCAGCCACUUACCUGAUUCCAGCGCCGAUGUCCCUCGGUGCUGGGUCAGGCUCCGCCUACGCCCCUCCCCUGCCAACGUCAGACAAUGGCCGUGCGCAUUAGACCUCCCUAUAUUAAAGCAUUAUAUAGGGAGGUCUAAUGUCCGUUACGAUUCCGGAAGCGCCCCCAGUGGCUGUCUGGUAGAAAGCCACUGGGGCAAACUUAGAGCUGCAAUGUAAACAUUGCAGUUCUCUGGAACUGCAAUGUUUUACAUUGCAGCACUAAGUGCAAAAGGGCAACAGCACCCAGACUACUUCAAUUAGCUGAAGUGGUCUGGGUGCCUACAGUGUCCCUUUAAACUUUUUUAGAAAAAUGGUGUUAAGUAUAUUUAGCACCACUGUAUUAUCUUAUUUAAUGGAUAUCAAGUUGUUUUUACAUUAAUCUGUAGUUUCUGUGCAAUCCUUAAAGACACCAAAGGGAGAAUAUUCAGUUGCCUGGUAGCAGAAAACAUUUUGGAAUAUAUAAGAUUUGUAAGCGCACACAUUUCGUUCAUAAUCUAUUAUGGAUAGUGUUAACAUAUUACAUUUUCCUAAAAUAGGACAUGGUUGUUAAAGCCCUUCAACAAACAAAUAGCCGCAGCAUAGAAGCUGCAAUUGAGUACAUCAGCAGGAUGAACUAUCAGGAGCCGUACCGAGAGCCACUCAUUGCUGCAACUGCUAGAACACACAAUCUUGUAAUGAAGCCCACAGGUAAGCUGCUGGAGUUUUGUCAUAAUUUUAUAAUGAUAAUUUGUGAUUCAUUUAUUUAAAAAAAAAUUUUGUGCAUUUGCCUUGUGAUAUUUUACAUAUAAGUGGAGAUUUUGUAAAAUAAGGUAGCUUUUUUUUUUUUUUUAUCCGAUUGAAAAUUAAGUUGUAUUUCUGGCCGAAAUGGAAGGCGCUCGUGAAUGUACUUUUAACCCCUUAAAGCGGCACUGUCAUGCUGAAUCCUGGUUUGUUUGGUUUUUUUAACCCUCCUCCUGCCUCCACUACAUCUAACUGACACCCUAGUCACCCCCAAAUGCCCCUAAGCCCCCCACAUUACCUAUUUUGUAUUCCUUAUUUUCUGCCCCGAUCUAUAUUCAGGGCGCCGCCAUCUUUGUGUGGGUAGAUGAAAUCCCUGUGGGACAUGUCUUCUGCCCACACUAGACAGACUGUGAGAUUCCCGCACAUGCCCAGUGAAACACCUGGACAUGUGAACGGAAUUUCAUCUAUUCAUUCAUCAGACAGACGAAUGAAUGAAUAGAAAUGUCAGCCGAACAAACAAACACUGUGUAUCAGUGUUCGUUUGUUCGCUCAGUUUAUUAUAAGGAGCUACCGGCAUGCUAAACCCCGAGUAGGGGUAUGUCUGGUAAACAGUGAGCAGCCUGUGGCUGCUCACUGUAAAAAAACAAAAAAUAAACUAUUGGCCCCCACCCCUAAACGACGGAUGUGGUCCCUAAAAUAAAAUAAUACAGUAGGUCCCCCAUUAUCUUUAUGGCAUUAUCUGUCCCCCUCAUUAUCAUUAUGGCCGCCGCCCAGGGGUGGGGGCCGGAGGGGGGGUGGACAGUAGGUCCCCCCAUUAUCAUUAUGGCCCCCACCCGCCGCCCGGGGGUGGACAGUAGGUCCCCCCCCCUCAUUAUCAUUUGGCCCCCACCCGCUACUCAGGGGUGGGGGCCAGGGGGGGAAGAAAAUAGGUCCCCCUCCUCAUUAUCAUUAUGGCCCCCACCCACCGCCGAGGCCCCCCCACUAUCAUUAUGACCCCCACCCACCGCGCAGGGUUGGGGGCUGGGGGGGGACAUUAGGUCUUAUUUUAAUUUAGGGCCCCCACCUGUCGUUUAGGGGUGGGGGUCAAUAGUUUUUUUUGUUUGUUUGUUUGUUUUUUGCAGUUAGCAGCCAUAGGCUGCUCACUGUUUACCAGACAUGCCCCUACAACCUUUACUUAGUAUUAGUAAAGUUGGCUGAAAGACCAAUUUAGGUCUUGCAGCCUUUUAGUAGAUAACUCCCUGAUACCGUGGGAAUUAGGGAGUUAUCUACUAAGCGGCUGCAAGAUGCAACUGCGGCAAUGAAUAGGAUCGGAGUUUCAUUCAUUCGAAUGAAAUUGCGAUCCGAACAAAAUGCCGAAUUGAGUUCUAAAAGAAACGAACAUACUGUUCUCAUUCAGUUAGAACGCAAUUCGGCAGUUUCAUGUAAAAUGACAGGAAGCAUCGCAGGAACACAGAGGAAAGGUAAGGAUCGUGGGAAGGAUCAUUGCUCUGACCAGCGGAAAUGAAGCACGCUUUGCUCCUCCGCUGGUCAGAGCUGGUCAAGCGGAGGAAUCCUCCAUAAGGCAAAGAGUCCCUACUUUGUCUUAUGAUUUUAAAAAAAAAUAAAGACAGGAAAAAAAGAACAGAUCCUGAGAGAGGGGGAGAAGAGGAAGAGAUUGAGGAAAGGUAAAUUCGGCAUGACAGUGCCGCUUUAAGGACGGAGGCAAUUGUACACGUUCUGAUCAAAAAACUUAAACAAAACGUGGAAUUUGCACUAUAUCUCUGUUUAACCAUAAUUUGUGUCUUUCAUAUUAAGUGCACCCACACUUCUUAUAUAUUAUUUUAUUCAGGAGAAACGGCUUUCAAUUUCAUUUCAAAUAUUUAUACAUGAAACAUAAUUUAGAAAUUAUGAAUUAAAUUUUAGAAAAAUUAAGAUUUUUAUUUUUAAAGUUCUGCAUGACACUUUAACUGUGAAUGUCAUAAUACUGUUAGGCUUUACUGCACAUUUCUGUUCAGCGAUGUCUCACGAGUACAUCAGUACUCCCUAUGUGCAGAUUUUAUGAGGUUUUGGAAAGUUACAGGGUCCCUUAUAAGACUUGCCCAUUUCUGUUUUUGCACUUUGAAAUUUGCCAGAUUGGUUAUGUUGCUUUUGAGACCAAAUAGGAAUGAAAAUUACCGCCAUCACGGCAAACCACGUGUAUAUAUAUAAUUUCUUUAUUUGUGCCAUUACUAAACAUUUUUACCACAGUAGGGGAACUGCCUGACAACCCAGGCAGUCCCCCUGCAGGCGAAUUAAAAAAUUUAGCUUUUUUUUUUUUUUUGUAUUGCAUAUUUUGUGCACUGUUUUAUACUUAUAGAAUUCUUCUUUGAAUAAAUAAACACUAAAAUCACUUGAGUAGAAGGAAAGCGCAACAGAAUAUAUUGUGUAACCUCAUACAUACAUACAUACAUUCCUCUUGCUUUUGAAUAGCAUAAAUAUUUCCUAUACAGAGAUAAAAAUAAAGUACAACAUAGUGUAAUCUGUAAAUAUAUUCUGUGAGUAGGUGUCAGAAUUCAGAACACUCACAAUUUUCUGAGCCCAUUAAAGUUGGCUCUGGACUUAUAGAGCAUGUGUGUCUCCUUAUGGACACAAGGUAGUUUCCUCCAAUGGUUGGGUCCCACAAAGUGUAAGAUUGUUGAAAUCAGGAACUCAGAAAUGUGUUAUGACAUUGCACGGCACGUGGAUCAUGCAUGUUUGACCCGCGGCAAUGAACUGGUGUAUUCAGAAGAGUGUGCAUCUACUCACCUCUUCUUGGAGUUCCUGAUUUCAACAAUCUUGCACUUUGUGGGACCUAAUCAUUGGAGGAAACUACCUUGUGUCCAUAAGGAGACAUACAUGCUCUAUAAGUCCAGAGCCAACUUUAAUGGGCUCAGAAAAUUGUGAGUAUUCUGAUGUUGCUUCCACUCUGCAUGGAGUCCAAGCCUUGUCCUAGCCCUUUUUUUUUAUUAUUAUUAUUAUUUUUUUAUUUUAUUUUUUUUAAUCCAAUUCAGUUUUCAGUUCAUGACACCAGGACUGACUUCUAUUUUAUAGCAGCCAUUAGCAAAUGAAAAACUUUAAACAUCUAUCAUUUUUAUCUGAACUUUGUCUAAUCCAUACUCAAAAAUGCUUUCACUCUGUUUACAUGCCCAACUACAGCAGUAGUUGGCUUCCAUUAAAAUUAAUUGUAAUAAAAGUAAAUUGUGAGUGUACUGUGCAAUUAAAGUUCAUAUUGUAUAAACACUGUAUAAUGGUGUAUGUGAAGUCGUCUUAACCCUGUAAAUUCAGUGGGAAAUGUAUGCUGUGUAAUUACUAUACAAAAGCUUUGUUAGCUACAUGGUAAAGCAGACAAAGAUGACAUACCUCAACCCGACGUAUGUAAAACUUACCUUACCAGCACUUCAUUGCUACUGGAUUUACUUUGAAUCUUAGUCUCUGGGUUCUGUGCAAAAUGUGCAUAGUCCCCUGAAAGUGACAGAUCUGCUUUAAAGAAGGCCUAAGUUGUUGAUGCUGUUUUGUUUUUAGUAUCAGAAAAAAUCUAAUUAACAAAGAUAUUCUUAAAUGUAUUAAUACAAGGAAAAACUUAAUUGCCAUUUUUUUUUGUUCUAUUUACUCAAGGAUUCUUUUCCCUUUUGAGAUAGUCUUCUAAAUUUGUGUAUUUAAAUUUUCUCUGAGAAAUUACUCAUUGAGAUAUAUAUAUUUCUUUUUAAAUUUCAUUUACACAGGUGGUGUUCAACAUUCAGUGAAUCGUAGGCAAAGUUGGAAGGGUUCAAAAGAGUCGCUAGUCCCACAGAGGCACAUCUCUCCCUUAUCUGACAGUGUUGUUUAUGGAUCUGAAAAUCCACCCACACAAGCUGAGAUGGGUAGACCCUUGUCAGGAUCUGGUUUUACUCAAUCACUUUCUGUAAAUGGCCAGAGGGUGAAUCCACCACCACCACCACAAGUAAGAAGUGUUACUCCACCACCACCCCCUCCACCUAGGGGACAGACACCGCCCCCAAGGGGCACAACUCCACCGCCUCCUUCAUGGGAUCCCAAUUCUCAAAAUAAACGAUUUUCUGGUAACAUGGAUUUUAUAAUUUCUCGCAUUUCCCCUGUUCCACCAGCAGGUUGGCAGGAAACAUAUCAGUCUGCUUCCAUGAACUCCACACAAAUGAUGCACACACCAUCUUCAGGUCAGAGGGCUAUGAACUCUGUGCCUGUUGGAAGGCAGCCCAUAAUUAUGCAGUCAUCCAGUAACAGUAAAUUUGGCUACUCUGUAAGGUCUGGAAUGCACAAUGGCAACGGACAGGCUGAGUUUAUAAGUCAACAAGGAGGUGGCAAUGUAGGAGGCCGUCAACCACCACCUUAUCCUAUGUCAAAUGGUCCAAGCACUGCUCCCUCACCUUCUGUUUAUAACAAUGGUAACCUGCCCCCAUCCAUGUUGGUUCCAAAUCGAAAUAGCCACAACAUGGAACUAUAUAACUUAGGCAUUCCAAGUCAUCCCACUUCUUGGCCCCAGUCCUCCUCUACCCAUUCACCACCUGGAAGUGGGCAUGAAAUUGCAUCUUGGCAACCAAAUAUCCCUGUCCGAUCCAAUUCUUUCAAUAAUCCUUUAGCAAGUCGACAGGUACAUCCUGCUAAUAGUCAGUCAUCUGCCACUACUGUGACUGCAAUCACUCCAGCCCCUAUUCAGCAACCCGUAAAAAGCAUUAGGGUGUUAAAACCAGAACUUCAGACAGCAUUGGCACCAGCCCAUCCAUCUUGGAUGGCACAAAAUGUACAACCAGGACAUAUUCCAGAAGUAGUAUCACAUGGCAACACAUUCCAGUCACCACAGGCUGAGGUACCAAAUUAUCAGGGGCCACCACCUCCAUAUCCAAAGCACUUAAUACAGCCAAACACUACUUUUUAUGAUACAGGACUUAAACCAAAUAAAGAAGAACCACAGACUGCAUCCCCAAAUAUACAAGAAGAAGUGGAGAGGAGUGCGGAAGCUUCUGUGGAUACGGUAGAGAAGGAAAAGAAGCAGAUAACCACUUCACCUGUACCAGUCAGAAGGAGCAAACGUGAUGAAGAGAGAAGGGAAUCUCAAAUUCAGAGUUACUCACCGCAGGCAUUUAAAUUCUUCAUGGAGCAACAUGUAGAAAAUAUCUUGAAAUCUCACCAUCAGCGGCUGCACAGAAAGAAACAGCUGGAGAACGAGAUGAUGCGGGUAUAAGUACUACAUUUGCAAUUUGUGUUCCAAAUAGAAAAGUUAAAGUUUGUAGAAUUAAUUUAGAUUUAAAAAAAAACCAAAACUUACAUUUUAAGGCAAAAAAAGCAGUGAUGCACAUGCAAUUAAUAACAUUGUGAAAAAUACAAUUUUUUUCCCAAAACAAACAUGGGCUCUUGGCAAGAGAACUUAUUUUCAAGAGUCGUUCACACUUUCACAUACAUUUUCCUUCAUACACAUGUCCCUGUAAGUCCCUGUCCUUUGUUUACUCAAUUUGUUGUUACACCUCAUUGGAUGGCUUGAUGAGAUGCACUGAAUAUUCACACCAGGAUUGCAAAUAGCUAAUACAAUUGUACUGAACUAUCUGCUGUGAGCAAGUUACAACAAGGUUUACCUGCAGCUUAAUAAAUAACAGAUGAGACACAAGACCAUAGCCUUGAGGAGGAAGUGGCCUGGCAAGAAAGCCAGGGCUUAAGCUGCUAUCAAACAUCCACCUACCAUAUUGCAAUGGGGGUAGUGACUGGAAGUUAUAUUAAUUUAGUGGAAUGACACUUGCAGGGUUAUUCAUUACAGUGAAAAUUAAAUGUGUAUUCAAAUUUAAGGCUAGAGUAGCCAAACUGAAAGCAUAACUGGCUUAGAGAUUUUUUUUUCCAGUUUGGGUAUUUUGACCUUAGAAUUUAAUUUCAUUUUAAUUCUUACUUUAGUGAAUAACUCUGCUAGACUAAAUAUGCAGUGAGUUGACACCAAUUCAAUUCCCCCAGAUGUGAGAUGGGAAGUUGCAGGGAAAAUAUACCACACAGUUACUCUUCACAUACACACCCAAGUAUUCUUGCAAUUCUCCACAUCAACAUAUUGACAUGCCACCUGAAUACAACCUUACGCACACGCACGCAAUAUGGGAUGGUGCCUAAAAAAUAAUAGACCGUGGGAGAGUGUUAAAAUAAUAGGAAAAGUGACUGUGAGGAAUGUCAUUUUGAUAAGAAGGGCAGUGAAUUGUAAAUGACACUAUUCUUCCAAAUGUUAUACCACACUUUAAACUCCUGCAUUAUACCCACAUCGACACUACAUUCUUGGGGAUUAAUCUGCAUCAAAAUGCUUGACACAUGGGGGAAUGUUAUUCAGACCUGGCUAGUUAAUUAAAAUUUGUAGAGUGUGUGUGUGUAUUUUGCAUUAUGCUCUAGUUGUGUUUACUGUAUUUUCUUAUCUUCUGUUCCUAUAAAACUAUAAAGGGGAUAUUUAACAGUAAAUGAGACAAUUAUAAAAUGUUACAGGGACAAUCGGUUGAUGAGGAUCCUGCUCAACCAAGUUUUCAAUCUUUGUCCUAUAAUUACAAUAAAAAGUAAGUUAUAAAAGUAAAUAUGAGCAAAUAAGAUGGCAUGUGAAUAGAUGCAGAUUAAUUAGCCAGUGGUGUUUUGGGGCAUUUAUGUGUUUGGGUGUGGGGUUUAAACAGUGUUGUAACAGUCACUCAUAUCAGUGGAGUUGAUAGAUUGGACUCCAAAUAGGUACACUGUAUUAAUUACAUUGCUAAAUUAAGCUCCUAUUUAUAGUGGACAUGUCAAGUUGUUUGUUUUAUUACGUUUGGUUAUCCCUUCCUUAUGCCCCCUGUAUGUUAUUGAUUACACUUCCUUGCCACCUCUCUUUGUUUCUAUUUAUCUUUUCUUCCUUUUGUUGGAUCUCAAUAUAUAGGAACAGCCAUUCUGUUCACCUCUUUCCAUAAAAUCUGCAGUUUCCCUUCUGUGCGAUUGAUUUGACUAAUGUACAAUGGGUCAAUUUAAUUGGCAACUGAAACGGAACCUUAAGGACAGCGGGCGUGCUAUGCACGCCCCCUCCGUUCUAUUUACUUACGCGGUCGCCGGCGAUCGCGGUGGGGGGGACUCACCUGGCAUCCCAGGGAGUCCCCUGAUGCCGAUUCGGCCCUCCUGGGCUAUGUGAUUGUGAGGUCCUUGCCUCUCCAGUGCCUCCACCAGUGCCUCUCCCGAGAUUGUCUGGACCCACCCCUACAUUUUUAAUGCACUAUGAAUAGAAAUAUGCAGAGGGUCAAAAAAACUGAACAAUAUAUAAUAUAUAAUCCUUGUUUGUAGAAUUUAUUUUCCUGAUGUUGCUCACCUCUUGAGUCUACUGGCACUGAAAAACUCUUUACCUCUUAACCAGUAUAGGCCACAAUGUUAUAUUUUUGAAUAAGAGAGAGAGAGUUUUUUUUAAAUUAAUUUUUUUUAUGAUAUAUAUAUAUAUAUACUGGUAUUUUAAUAUUUUGAAAAAAUUAUUUAAAACAUGUAUCCCACAAUAUAUUAGAUUUAAGAGUGUAUCCAUCAAUAAUAAAUUGAUGCCAUAUAGUGCUGUAACUAUUGUGUAUCAGCUUAAAGAACUCAUUUGAAAAGGCAUUCCACUAUAUGUUUCCGUUUGGGAUUCAAAAUUGAAGUACUGUAUAUACUCGAGUAUAAGACGAGUUUUUCGGCACAUUUUUUUUGUGCUGAAAAACCCCCACUUGUCUUAUAGUCGAGUGAGUAUCUGUAUUAUGGCAACUUACAUUGCCAUACUACAGACCAGGACCGCCGGGCCCAUUACAAGCCCGGCGGUCCUGUUGGGGGCUGGCAGGAAGCCGGACCGGAGGAGAGAGAAGGGAGCUGACAGUAAACGCUUCCUGCCAGCCCCCUUCUACACAGUGCACACCACUGGACCACCAGGGAAUGAGAGCCCCCCUCCCUGGCCAGCUAACAAGCAGGGAGGGGGGAUGAAAAAAACCCCAUAAAAAUGUAAAUAAAAUAACAUAAAAAUAUUAAUAUAAAAAAAAUUAAAAUAAUAAUAUAAAAAUAAAAAUGCCCACCCCCCACCAAGGCUCUGCAUCACAUACACACACACAUUGCACUCAUUCAUACACACACUGCACUCAUACGCACACACUGCACUCAUAUAUAUAUAUAUAUAUAUAUAUAUAUAUAUAUAUAUAUAUAUAUAUAUAUAUAUAUAUAUAUAUAUAUAUAUACACACACUGCAUUCAUUAUAUACACACACUGUAAAUAAAUAUUCAAUUAAUAUAAUUAUUUGGGGAUCUAAUUUUAUUUAGAAAUUUACCAGUAGCUACUGCAUUUCCCACCCUAGCCUUAUACUCGAGUCAAUAAGUUUUCCCAGUUUUUGGGGGGUAAAAUUAGGGGUCUCGACUUAUAUUCGGGUCGACUUAUACUCUAGUAUAUACGGUAGUUCCUAUCUGUAGGUGUCAUAUGCAGAAUGUUCUUUGCAAAAAGCUCAACACCUCCCAUUGUGCACUUUAAGAAAUUCUAUCAAUUCUAUUUUUGCAAUGAUUGUUGGUUAUAUAAUUAUAAGUAUAAAUGAUAACCCAUGUGUUUACAUUGGCACCACAAAUCUCUCAUGUACAUCAGUCAUUAUUAUUGCACCUAUAUUGUAAAGAUUUUUUCUUUUUAUAUGAAUAACUGAUUACACAAAAACAUGUUCUCCUUUAAUACAUGAUGCGUUUGUUUUUGUUUGAACAGUGAGGCCUUUUCUCAAUCUGUCAGAUACGUGUCUCUUAGCCUCUUUUCCUUUCUUCCUUUCCCCCCUUCUCACUCACUAACAGAUGGUUUAAAAGUGUUAAGAUUGGAGCUUGGCUGACCUGUUCAAGCCUCCAUUACUGGGUAGGCAAAUAAUUAUUGGCAUUCUGAUGAAAUAAGAAUAGCAUGACAUUCUUAAGCCUCUGCAUGGCUUAUCUGUGAUAAUGUAAGCAUGGAGUUAAAGUGGCUCUGUAACAGCCAUAUAGUUUUUUGUUUUGUUUUUUUGGUCCCCACAAUCGUUUAACUAAAUUCUCCCUCCCCCCAUCUCUGAAAUCCUGUAUAUUCUAAAUGAAUAAACCGCCAUCUUCUAAUUACUGGCAGUUCUAUAACGUUACUGCCUUCUUCUGCACUGAGUACGAGUUUUAAGUCUUGAGCGUGUUUUAUGGACGCCAUUAUUUUAUUUUAGCUAGUUUUUGGUUGCUCUAUAAAGAAGUGCAGAUAUGCAUACCCAGUAAGCCAUGGGUAAUGAAAAUGGUACCGGGCAAGGGUAACCCUUGAAAACAAUUCAAAAUGAUCUCACAAGGUUGUGGAGGAAGGACUUGACAAAUGAACUGGAGCUUCCUCAGGUUCCAGCCUUUCUCAAGAUUGGCAAGCAUAGGAAAAAUAAGACAAAGUAGUCCCUAUUUUGUCUUAUGUUUUUAAGGAGGAAUAGAUCAGAAAGGGGGGAAAAAAAGAACAUUCUGAAAGAGGACAAGAAAAGGAAACAAUAGGAGCAAGGUAAGUUUGGGGUGACAGAGCCACUUUAACAGUCAAUACAUUCAUGUACAUUUACUUCCGAUACCACUUAAUACUCUGCUAUUUGAGUUUGCAAAGUUCACAUUUGUUUUUCACAUUCAUUUAACUAACUUAUAAUGUUGCUUGCUAUUUACUUCCCUGUAUUAUAAAUUUGUUUACUGACCAAUUUUACAAUACUUUUUUUUUUUUUUUUACGUUUAAUGCAUUUUGCCAACAAACCAAAAACUCUGUAUGUUUUGAUUUAACAUGGCCUCCUUUUGUAUUUAACGAUCAUUUCCACUCCCAACUAACUUAAUGACUAGUUUUGACAUGACCGAUAUUAAUUUCUUAUAACAUAGUCUGCAGCACUAUCAAACUUAAGGGGUAGAUGUUUCAGUGGUGUAAUCAGCAGGCAAUGCUUAUGUGAUAGGGAGAACACUAACUUGAUAGCAAAGUAAGGGGUACUGUAAGUGCCAAAAUUAAUAUGUCCCUCUGAAAUGGUUGUGGUGCUUUUUUUUUCUAUUUUUUUUUUCUUUUUUUUUACAUUUACACGUUUUACAAGUACAUCAUUAAUUUUUAUACUUCACAAUUGAGUUGUCUAUUAAUUUUGCUUAUAUGUUGGAGGGCCAAGGUACAGCUGCUGCAGCCAGCCAUUUCUUAAACCUAUAUAAUAUUGUUUUACUACAUAAGAGGUCAAUUAAAAGUUCAUUGAUAGUUGUAUUUUUUAUAUAAAUACAGUGCAGCACUGUUGCACAAUAAUGUAUCCUAAAGAAAUCUAAAUGGUUUCUGAAUAAAGUGUUUUUCGUAAACUUCUACCAUUCAUAUGUUAAUUGGAAAGGAAAUGAUCUGCACUCUGUAGGCGGCUGUUGUUGAUAUACUAAAUAAUACUGAUCUUUGCUUGAUUUUUCAUCCCAUUAAGAUGAAGAAAAAUACUUAUUUUACCUGUUUGAAGUUCUUUUGAAGUAUUUGCAGUCUAAUUUAAUACUUGUUUUCAUUAGGUGGGCUUAUCACCUGAUGCUCAGGACCAAAUGAGAAAAAUGCUGAGUCAGAAGGAGUCAAAUUACAUACGUCUUAAAAGAGCUAAGAUGGACAAAUCAAUGUUUGUUAAGAUCAAGACACUUGGCAUUGGAGCAUUUGGGGAGGUAUGUCUGGCAAGGAAGACAGACACCAAUGCUCUUUAUGCCAUGAAAACGUUGAGGAAGAAAGAUGUUCUAUUGCGUAACCAAGUGGCACAUGUCAAAGCUGAGCGUGAUAUCUUGGCAGAGGCAGACAACGAAUGGGUUGUAAGACUCUACUAUUCUUUCCAAGACAAGGACAAUCUUUAUUUUGUUAUGGAUUAUAUUCCUGGUGGAGACAUGAUGAGUCUACUUAUUCGCAUGGGAGUGUUUCCAGAGGAUCUGGCCCGGUUUUACAUUGCUGAACUGACAUGUGCUGUUGAAAGUGUCCACAAGAUGGACUUUAUCCAUCGUGACAUUAAACCAGACAACAUCCUUAUUGACCGUGAUGGCCACAUCAAGCUGACCGAUUUUGGACUCUGUACUGGUUUUCGAUGGACACAUGAUUCAAAGUAUUACCAAAGUGGUAAGUAUAACUAGGCAAUAGACAGAUACCAAUCGUUCUUUUGUGUUGCUUUGCUCAUGUUGUUUACAUUGCAAGUGACCAGUGUUUUAGAGGAAACACUCUUCAAAUAUAAAGCACUUCAUCAAACUAAAAUGCCCUAGAUCAGCAGUUCCCAACCUGUGGCACACAUACCUCCAUGGGUAUGCGGGGAAAAAUAUUGGUAAUUGUGGUUCUACUGCUGAAGAAGGGUGCUGCUAGAGGGUGUCCUGUCACUCAGUAGACAUGUCCCAUCAGGGGCCAGGUCGUGCACUGUGGCGCUAUAACUGCGCGAGCAGGCCUCCUUAUCUGCAGGAAGGAAGUGAGAGCCGGUCACUUCCUCCUUGUUGACACAUCCAGUCACAGGGGUGGGGAGCAAGCUCUUAACACCAAACAGCCACAGCCAAAAUAAUCCACCGUCCUGCACCCAGAAGGUAGGAAACUGGAUGGUGGCUAAAAUUGUGACCUGUAUGUGUGUUUUUGUUUGUCUGUAUCUGUUUCUACAUGUCAGUGUGUGCAACUGUGUGUCAGCGUUUGUGUCUGUUAAUCUGCAUAUGUGUCAGUGUGUGUAUCUGCAUGUGGAUCAAUGUGUGUCUGUGCAUCUGUAAAUGUUUUGUGUGUGUAUAUAUGUAUAAAUAUACACACACACCAGUGUACUCUGGGGUCUGUAGAAAAUAUAGAUGCUUUUAUUCAGCACAAAUCACACAUCAAUGUUCCAGUCUAACCGGACUUUUCUCAAGACCUUAGUCUUGUGAAAAGUCCGGUUGGACUGAAACAUCGAUGUAUAAUUCAUAUACAUCAACAAUAUAAUUCCUGUAUUAUGGCUGGAGUUAGCAACUGGGGAAAUUCUAAAGAACAGCGACUUGAGUGCUGGGUUCGUGGUUUGUGUAUGUAUGUGUGUGUGUGUGUGUGUGUGUGUGUAUAUAUAUAUAUAUAUAUAUAUAUGUAUAUGUGUGUGUCUGUAUAUAUAGCGAGCAAGCGCGCGCCUGGGGCAGAGAAAAGCAUAUAAAAUUGAAAUAACAGCAACUAUAUUAAUUUAAACCUUUCGCUAAUAUGAGGGGUACAAUCUAUAAAAAUGGGCUGUCAAGGGGUACACACGUGAAAAAAGGUUGUGGACCACUGCUCUAGAUGUUUAAAAUGUCCCUUUAUGUUUCUCUUUCAACCCCUAACUCUAUCUCUGAGACAUCUAGCAAUAUGCUGGACUGUUUUCAUGAGACUUCUGUAGUUACUAACCAUUCCUAAAAUGUGGGAACUAGGAAAUAACUUUUUAGCUCUAUAUAUGCAAGCAAUAUGGCUAACCCAUUAUAUAGGUAAAAUUAUAAUCCUAAAGUUUUACGGAGUUACACGGGUUGGGAACUGUGACAGAGCUCCAGUACUCCGACCAAGUACCUCUGCCAAGUCUGCUACCUUUUGGUUAUCCGGGACCCUGGAGCACUUCAUAUCCAGUCACCAAGGCUUGUCUGGGAUCACUGAGUGCCUUUUCCACCCUGGACCAGGCUAAUGUGCUUACAGCCCUGGACACACGUUUAAUCAGCAGAUUAUAUCCCUUUCCUCAAACACCAGAUGACACAUGGUGGAAGUUAAAACAGCAACUGACUUAGCACACAUAUUUUAAGCCCCCAACAGCCUCAUUUACAUACAAUGGUGCAUAGAGCACUAUAGUAAAAGGAAGGGUGGGAUUAGACAAUAGCAAGGGCUGAUGGGAGAUUGAGGAGGGACAAAGCAGCUAGUUUAAACUAUCUCUGGGACACCGCCGUGCUAGGGAAACAAUAGGACAGGAAAAAGGGGAAGCAGCACAGACCAGCAAUACAUGCAACAUACCCUGCAGUGAUAAUGGGCACAGGGUGACCAAUAUACAAAAGGAAUCUGAGGACCCACACAUAGUUUUUGUUAAAUGAACGUGGGGGUGUACGGACAGCCGAACAAAAGAGAAUAAAAGUGUAGCUACAGCAUCUGUUCCGCUACAGGGACUUUAUGCGACAAUGGCUGCCCAGUCACUAAUUUAAAAGGUUUAUUAGCUAUGACCCCAUCUGUCACAAAUAGUACUUAAAAUUGAGAAGAAGAUGACAAGCUCCUAACCCUAGGGUGUGCAUGGUAAGAUAUUUAAAACGUAACUUUUAAUGUAGUAAAUAAUAAAGAGAAUAUGAAUAUAUAUAUAUAUUUGUGUAAGGGGCAAUUAGCUGUAUAUGGAGUAAGGUUCAAGUGAGAAUGUAGGAUAAAAUAAAAGAGCAAAGUCGGUUCUGGUGUGCCGAUACCGACGAUACGGUAGGCCUGUAAAUAAAGAGGGCAAAAAUUGAAUAACCAAAGAUUUUAUACAGUCAACAAUUAUCCAGACAUUUCUUAAUUCUUGUGUAGGUUUUGGUAUAUAGGUUGUGUAGGCGGAUGACUUCCACCACCCCAAUGACUUAAUGAUAUGUACCGGUAUGUUUGCGCUGGAAGCUGUGGAGGCCGCCCCUAUGAGGAAGCAGUGACCUGAGUAGAGUGAAGGGUUAAAACCUAGCAUGGUUAACAGAGAUCUGAUGUAUCGCUUGAAAGUCUUAGUAGUGAGUACAGAGCAUUUUAGUGAGAAUAGGUGUAGUAAUGGUGUUGAUGGGGUAAGUGAAAGGUAGUAAUCUAGAACUGUUACUGGACACCAUUUGUUGUGGGUAGGGAAAUAAGUGAUCUCCACUGGAGGUGCGUGUUGGCUUGUUUUUGACUGAGGUAGGGACAGUAUGUAGUGAUCCAUGUGGUGGUGGUAAUAGUGAAUUCCCUUGGCCUGAGGAACCCGUAGAAUGCUAUGUACAUGGCAGCUUUGAUGACUGUGUUGGUAGUAGAGUGAAAAGGUUUGGAGUCUAAUAGGUCGGAUAAUGACUGGAAAAGUGUGUUAUCUAUAGGUAAUCUCUGUGGAGGACAUGGAGGAACGGAUUGCUGAAUACCUCUGAGUAUGUUCUUUACCUGAUAAGAUGACCUAAAACUAUGUGUAUUGGGUUGUAGAGUUAGCAUAUGAUGCUGAAUGCCUGUCAGAUAUAAUUUGAUUGUGUUGUAAGAUAAGUGUAAUUUAAGGUGGCAAAAAGAAGCGAAGGCUAUAAUAGAUGUCAUGACGAAAGGUUGUGUUAUGUCGUGGUCAGAUAGGAAUCUUGUGAAAAGUGUGAAGGCUCUGUUGUAUGUUUUGUGAGUGUUGGAUGAUAGUGCUAAUUUGGACAGAUCCCUGCUAUGUUGCAUGAUUAGUUCUAGUCCAUGGUUAGCUACUGGAACGGAGGGGCGGCUGUGGCUGCUAGUGCUGCUGACGGGAGUGCUUGCUGAAAAGCCCGAAAGUUGAAACGAGACAGACUGUCAGCUGCUAUGUUAGUAAUGCCUGGUACAUGAAAGCAGAUCAAGUAAAAAUUGUGACAUGCUGCUAACCACGUGAGUUUCCUGAGAAAUCUCAUGAUUGUUAGGGAUGAUGAACGGCUUUUGUUGAUGAUGUGACAUGUUGCUUGGUUGUCUGUGUGGCAACGGACUGACAAGUCUGACCAUAAAUGUCCCCACGCCACGGCAGCUGCUACAAUGGGAUAAAGCUCAAAAAGAGCUGAGGUUGUAAAAAAGCCUUCUAAGUUAUAGACUUCUUCAGGCCACUUACCCCAAAGAUUGCUGCGAAACCUGUGGUAGACGCCGCGUCUGACCAUAUGGUUGGAGACGUAUCAGUCACCUCUGGUAGGAACAAGCUUUUACCAUUCCAGGUGGUCAAGAAUUAUUUCCACAUGUAUACGUCUGCCGUGGCGUGCGCAUCCAAGGACAGUCUAUAGUUGUCGUGUUUGAAAUGUGUAAAAAGACAGAAGUCUGGAUAUGAAAGCACGCCCUUGAGGAAUAAUGCGCAUGGCAAAGUUCAAGGAACCUAUGAGGGAUUGAAGUUACUUGCGGUUGCAGUUACCCUGCAAAAUGUAAUGGUUGAUGCUGUUGAGUAUGUUUGUGACUUUCUCUUGUGGUAAACUAGCUUGCAUAGAGGCAGAGUCUAGUUGUAUACCUAGAAAUGUAAUGAUUGUAUUUGGGCCUUCAAUUUUCUUGUUGGAUACUGGGACUCCCAGGUGGUCAAACAAGACUAAUGGUUGCUUUGAGACUCCUGGGGGGAAAAGCGUUUUCUUCAAUCAGUAAGAAAUCAUCCAGAUAAUGGAUGACUAUGGGGCAUCUAGAAAUGUUGAGUAACAACCAGCAAAGUAUUUCUGCAAUAGUGUCGAAGAUUUUGGGGCUACUUUUUGACCCCAAGGUUAAGCGGGAGAAAAAGUAAUAUUUAUCUGCCCAUUUGAUGCCAUGUAAGUGCCAUAGUGUGGGGUGGAUAGGUAGUAGUUUAAAGGCAUUUGUAAUGUCUGUCUUACUUAGCCAUGCUCCGAUCCCUGCUUGCAUAAUGGCUGUAAUGGCAUGGUCUAUAGUGGCAUAUUGUAGGGAAAACUCUUCGGAGGGAAUAAGAGAGUUCAGACUCGGUGUAGAUGAGGUAUGAGGGGCUGACAGAUCUAUGAUGAGUCUCUGCUUGAGGGAAGAUUUCCCUAUGACUAUCCCAAUGGGAUUUUUGCACCAUGCCGUUAAAGGUGGGGUUUUAAAAGGCCCAAACAAAAACCCCUCUGCCAGCUCUUGGGCUAAGAGUGUAUCCACGGCUGUUGGGUUUUGUUGUGCUGAUUGUAAAUUUGGACAUUCCAGUUGGCCUGUGGGCAUAUGUAUAAUGCCUGUAUGGAACCCCUCUGAGUAGGGAUCGACCGAUAUUGAUUUUUUAGAGCCGAUACCGAUAAUCUGUUAACUUUCAGGCCAAUAGCCGAUAACUUGCCGAUAUUCUGUACAUUUACCAUUUUGAAAAAAUAAACUAUUUCUAAAAGGUAAAUGCACAAAAUAUAAAAGCCACAUGCACUGGAUGCAGUGUGUUUAGACAGUGGAGCUGUGUAUAUUUGUGUAGUGUAUAUAUAAUGAAUGCAGGGUGUGUUUGUGUAGUGUGUAUAGUUAAUGCAGUGACUGUGUAGUGUGUAUAUAAUGAAUGCAGAGUGUGUGUUUGUGUAGUGUGUGGUGUAUAAAGGGAAUGCAGUGUGUGUGUGUGUGUAAAGUGUAUGCAGUGUUUAGUGUGUAUAGCGAAUGCAGUGUGUGUAGUGUGCGUAUAGUGAAUGCAGUGUGUUUGUAUAGUGUGUGUAUAUAAUGCCUACAGUGUGUAGUGUGUGUAUACAAUGUAGUGUUUGUAGUGUGUGUGUAUAUAUGAUGCAGUGUUUGUAGUGUGUGUGUGUAUAUAUAAUGCAGUGUUUGUAGUGUGUGCAUUAAACACACACACACACAUUACAUUAUAUACACACACACACUAAAUUAUAUAGACACACUACACUAUAUACACACUCUGCGUUAUAUACAGUGUGUAGUGUGUGUGUGUAUAUAAUGCAGUGUGUGUGUGUGUUUUCCUGAAGGGAUGUGAUUUGUGUAAAAUGGGGUGGGGGAGGCAUUUUUUUAUUUUCAUUUUUAAUGUUUGUUUUAUUUUAUUUUUUAAUAUUUAUGUUUAUUUUAAUUUGUAAUAUUUGUUUAUUUUAAUUUUUAAUAUUUGUUUAUUUUUUUUAUGCUUAUUUUUAAUAGUUAUGUUUUAUUAUUUUUGUUACCUGCUUGUUACCUGGUCAGGGAGGGGGGAUAUGACAGUCCCUGGUGGUCCAGUGGCAUUGGCUGAGCUGGUGAAUACACUUUCCGCUCCAGCUCCCAGUGUAAAUCUCGCGGCCCUUAGUGCCUGACGGUCGCUGGUCUCGUGAGAGUUACACUGGGAGCUGGAGGAGCUGCAGGGGAGGUAAGUAAACGCUACCUGCGCCCCCGCCUCACCCCCCCCAGGACCGCCGGGCUUGUAAUGAGCCUGGCGGUCCUAGGAGGUAUUAUCGGCAAUAUCGGUAUCUAUAUUGGCCGAUACCGAUAUUGCCAAAAAUACAGAAUAUCGGCCGAUUAUAUCGGUAAAACCGAUAAUCGGUCGAUCCCUACCUCUGAGAUACUAGAUAUGAGAAAAUUUACCGUAUGUCUGGAAGGGUGAUUGGUUAGUAGUGCUGAGAAGACAUGAAUUUUAACAGACGUUAGGUAUGGUUUGGGGUACAUUUUAUUAGAACACAUGGUUUUUGCAUGUGCCCUGAAACAAUGUGAACAAAUAUGCAAUAACCUGCAUGCACUAAAGCUACAUGUGCCCACAUUGAAAUUAUUGCACACCUGUGAUUUACCAAAGAAAAUGAUAGGACGACCCAGUUUGUCCCUGGUGGUUCUCUUAGUUCUACCCACGUAGCUGGUGCUAGGUGACUGAUUACGGUCGUCUGCCGUGUGAGAACAAAAAUUGGUAGUGUGAGUAGUAGAAGAGCAGGAUGCACAAGCUGGUGUUUUGAGACCUGCCAAGUGUCUACAGAAUAGCUCUGUAUCUAGUCUGCUCCAGUUGAUACGGGUAUCAUACUGAGAGAGAGCACCAGACACCUAGUGGAAAAAGACUUAUGGUAGUCGUAAAAAGCAGACCCACCAUAUUUGUUCCCCAGGUCCACCAACUUGUGCAUAUACCGAUCAAACUCUUCCCUUCUAUUAGGGUACACUUCACAAAUUACAUCUCUAAAUAUACCAAAGGCUAACACAAAUUCUGGAAUGGUCAGUUUCCGGUUUAACCUUGCGUCUUUGGAUCUUUACACCACAGAUACUUCUUCAUACAUAUAGGUCUUAUUCUCUACCACAUCCUAGGAGGCAAUUAGUAGGGAUGCUAGGUUGACAUCUUUGCCUUCCAGGAUGUCUCUCUUAAUGUGGGCUGGGAUAGUGUGUGCAGGGUCAACAUCCUGAUAAUCUGAAGAGAUAAUACCCAUGGUUCGGUUGGUGCCUGUUGAGCAGAAUCAGGAAGACCAGCCUUGGUGAGGGCUGUGGUGACUGCCUCGAGGUUAGCCAGUCUGUCAUUGACCUUGCCCAUAGAGUUCAUGAGCGAGGCCAGCACAGCCUGGAUAUCACCUGAGUUGGUGUUGCUGGGGUCUUCCCCUGCUUCCGUGUUGUCGAUUGUAGUGCUUAGGAGUUUGACUAGCUCCGCUUUCCUUGCUGUGGCAGGGUAGGGGAUUUGUCGACUCCUUAACUCGGUGGUGAUGCGUGGGAUCGUCCAGGAUCUGAUUGAUGCCGGACUGGCAAUAUCUCCCCUACGAGAGGGUGUCUCAACCCUAGUUGGGGUGCCAUGAAGAGAUAGCUCUUUAUCACCUUCAUGAGACAUACUUGAAUAAAAUGAGAGAUAACAUUAUUUGAAACCCAGUAGUUUAAUACUGGCUUACUAGCUAUGCCGUGAGGCGAAACCAUUAUGCUUAUUGUUUUGGUGACAGGUGAGGCCCUGCUAGUUGGCAAGCGGCUUGAGAGGCUCUAUCUAUGGUUGUAUGGCCAUUAGAUGGAGACAAAGUAUGACCAUGCCAGAAGAUAAAGAUGGUCAGAAACAAAAAAAGAGAUACUUGGUCGUCUAUUGACAAUAUAUACAAUGUUGCAAAAAAGAAAAAUGUGAAGAGUCAAACUAUAUACAUAAUAUAUACAUAUACUAAGGUUUUCUCUGGGAUUUGUUGAGGGAAAUAAUAGCAAGCUGAACUGUGUGACACCAGUAAUAGAAGAUAGUAAUCUGGUGGAGAAUCACAGCGAUAUAUAGCAAACAUCACCAGAAUGCAAAAUAGUAUUUAACGUAAUGGUAGCUAUACUUAGCCGGGGGAAACCUCGGCAAGUAGAGAUACAGUAACAGAACAGCAGCUACUAAAGUUUGUGAGGAGUGAAGUCCUAAAGAGGACUGUUGGUAAAGAGUAAGCAAAUAGUAGUUAUGGUAUUGGUGAUAAUAUCGGUGUGCUGCUUGUCACAAUACUAAUCUGUGCUUUCAAGGGCACCUAUGCUAGAAUCUGCAGACUAAGUCUGUCACAUGUGCGGAAUGCCAAUCAAAAUCACCAUACUAAAGUAAAUGAUAAUGUCAAAAAAGGUGGGAAGGUAAUUCUGCUAGAAUGAUUUCCUAAUCUGUGCCUUCAAGGGCACCUGUGUAGGUAAAAAGGUAAGUCUAUCUAUCUAUGUAAAGCAGAGCACCUAGGAAGAUCAAAUCACCUGAGUUAGACCACAGCUGAAGAAUGUAGUUAAAGGAAGUCUACUGUGAUACAUGUGCUGCUUGCACGCCUGUCACAUAAAACGGUCAGUGAAAAAUCUGCAGACUGGCCAUGGGUGGAUGGUGGAGCCCCGACGCGCGUUUCACCGGUUGGGCAGCUCUUCAGGGAGCCUGAUAAACACUUGCUGAGAAACACACACACACACUUUUAUUUUCCAAUUUAUGUCCAAACAACCUUUCUACCUUUGGGUAAGCUGUAGUGGAUCCUUUCCUUGGGGUCCAGUGGGGCUGUUAUAAUCUUCAAGCUCUCCUUGCUCUACUCCCUAUCCCGGCAUCACUGCAGAGCACAUGAGGAAGCAUAGAAUGAAGAAGAUAACGGCUCCCUCCUUCGCCGCCUAAAUUCAUCCUUGCUGGACUGCCUCUGCCGAACAGGCUGAUAAAUACCCCAGCGCCAGGACAAAAUUCUUAGGUGCCACGGCAAUAUGGCACCUGGGAUUUGUCAAACCUUCCUCCAGCACUGACUUUCUUUAUAGAGAAACAGACUCCUAUUCCAUGCCACAUUGCAUUUGUAGAUUGAAAUUGUCUGCAUUAUAGCAGGAUGAAGAUCAGACUCUGAACUUGCCAUAGUGCCAGUACUUUGUAUGGCAAAAACAGUGUGUUUUUUAAUGGCUAACACAUCUGCUGCACUUUUAACUAAUCACUAUCACAUCUGUAUUAUUAGUACGACUAGAAAAGGAAAUGCCUUGGGUGCAGAGGAAACCUUCCAUCUUUUUUUUUUUCUUUUUCUUCAAAUCAAUGUUAAAGGACCCAUUGGAUCUUUGAAUUUUAAUACACUACACUAAAUAGUAGUGAUUAUGCUGUUUUAAAGGGCCCCACAAAAAAUUCACUGAAAACUCUUUAACAAAUGUUCAUGAGUGAAAUUUUGUUUUUACUAAGCAUUAUAAUUAAAGUUUACGUCUCAAAUAUAUGCAAGCCAGAAAAUGUAAAGUGGAUGUAGGACUUGUGGGAUUGUUUAAAUCUAUCCUUUAAUUUACUAAGCACAUUGAGCUUAAGUCUGUUUAGUUAAUGCUUAUCAAUUAUCAAUCCAAUCAGCAUGCAAGAUUGUUAAUUUUAUUUUGUUUUAGUGCUUUUGGAUUAUAAAGUAGUCUUCCUUUUUUUUUUUUUUUUAUCUUCAGCUAGAAUAGUAGCUGUACUAUAUGGUAAAAUACAAAAAAAGGUAUAUACAUUGUACUGAAUUAUGAUUCAUUAUACAUUUUAUCUUAUUGUUCUCUUAGGUGACCAUUUAAGACAGGAUAGCAUGGAUUUUAGCAAUGAAUGGGGAGAUCCGGAAAACUGCAGAUGCGGGGAUAGACUUAAGCCUCUUGAGUGGCGAGCAGCCCGACAGCACCAGCGUUGCCUGGCUCAUUCUUUGGUUGGAACUCCUAACUACAUAGCACCAGAGGUGCUCUUGCGUACAGGUAGAGUACUUUUUAUGCUGAAAUGUGUUUCCUUGUUUAUUUAGCGGGUACCUUAACAUACUCUCAAAGAAAGCGAGUGUGUAAUUUUUUUUUAGUUCUGUAUGUUUUCUUUGGAGUUUAUGAAAAUAAUUGCUUGUGAGCUGUCCUAAUUUCCACUGAUACAGACUUUCAGUUUGUGCUGAAGAGUACUGAAAUCAAAGGCUUCCUGUUGAGAAUUCUAUGUGCUAGAGCUGCAAAUUGUCAGGAUAUUUAUAUCGACAGACAUUUUGUGCUAAGAUAGAAAUUAAAAGUGUAUAUUGCCAGAACAGAGUGGACUCCAUUUUGGAUUUCAGGCAAGACAGACACAAAACUUCUUUCCUUUCUGUAACUAGCCACUAGCCUGAGCUAAGGAAUGCAUUAUAUAAACAAGCCAAGAGAUAAGCAAUGAAGCAGGGGGAUGGAAUAGAAAUAAUUUUAAACACAGACACUAGUGACAGAGAAGACGAAGUAAUUAAUUUUACUUUCUAAAUUUUACAAGAUCCCAUUGUAAGUAAGGGGUGAAAUUGAGUUCAGAACUGUCAAUAUUAGAAAUUACGAUCAAAGUCGUUGCCACAAAGACUGAGGCAAACGCUUUGAACUGACAGCAAAUUUAAGUUAUAGUAGUCAUUUUAGAUAAGCCAAAUGACGUCAAAAUCGUCAUCAGGAAAAGUUAUCUCUUUCCUGGAUAGGAAGGUUUAGUAAGGCGAGACUGCCCUCUAUGGAUCAAAUACCUAAAUUGCGAUCUGCAGGUUGACCACACCUUCAGUAUCCUAUUGGCCUUAUCAACUAAUGACGUACAGAGAGUCUGGCCCUUUAAAAGUUAGGACAAAGGGAAGAGAGAGGUUAGUUUUGGGCAUUCAGAUUUGGACAUUCAGAGAGAUCCAGGACAGAUAUUCAAGUUCAAACUCUCUUGGACACAACUCUAGAAACACUCCUUGACACUUAGAAUAUUACUGAUACUUUCUAACCAACAUCACUUUUCUCUAUUACUUACACACCUCCAUACAACCAAUCAUACUUGCAUCAAGUUCCUGGGACUACCUACUCAUCUGAUGAGAAAAUCUACAUAACUGGUAAUUAUGCUGGUUUUAUUUAAUUAAUCUAAAUUAAUUAAAAUCUAAAAGCAUGAUAUAUGACUGGAUAAAUCACGGUCAGAUUUCAAAAUUUAGAAAUCUUAAUUAACUAAAGAAUAUAUAGUUAUAAAAAUUCCAUUCUGCAGGUGGAAUUAAGAAUAAUUAUAUAUUAAUGUGAUAUUAUCAAGUGUUAGCAUACCGCUGUUUUUAUCCAGGUGUAUUGAUUUGCUCUAAAAUAAGAUAUCUUUUUAAGCAAAUUAAAAUUCGGCUUUUGUAAAAAUCUGGUAGAUUAUUCUUAUUGGAUGGUUCCAGGAAAUGAUUAAUGAGCUGGUUCGAAUGUUAUUUUAAUUGAAAAUUACAUGAGAAUAGGAUACUAUAUGCCUAGGAGGAUCUAGCCAGCAUUGAAAGGGUUACUCGGUUGAUUUAACUGUUAGCCAAGGAUUUAUGGCUGGGCUGUGUGAAGUUUUGCUUUUUGUGUCUGAGAAGUACCCAUUAAUCUUGUCUUGACAGUUGACGCUGUAGCUUUGUACUAUGUUUAGCCAUUGUAUAUGACGUUGUACUAAAAAUAUUCACUGAUUAAUAUCGUGCAUGCUGCCUAAUAUUAUUAUUAUUUUAUUUGUCACAAUAAAUUAUAUCUAUUUUUAUAACAAAUUGUGAUUUUAUUUCUAUGGAAUACAUUUCACUUAUAUGAUAACGAUCUCUAAGAUCUAAGAGAAUUGAAAUAGUGGGCAAUUCUCAACUGUAUAAUAUUAUCAUCCCAUAAAUAUCCCCACAAAAUGUGUGCACACAAUAGUAGCUUUUUAAUACUUCUCAAGCAUUGGAGUACCGCUCAUUGAAAAGGGAGAAAGGCAAGCACGCGGUAGCCCCACCUCCAUGGUAGAGGUCAUCAAUCUUGACAAUAUCAGCUAAUCCAAUGCUUCCCCAUAGGAAAGCAUUGGUAGACUAUUGUGCAUGCACGGCAAAAUGCCACUGCGCCAAUCUAACUUCUCAUAGAGAUGCAUUGAAUCAAUGCAUCCGUAUAGGGAACAUAAGCAUACAUGCUGCACGGUGUGAAACACUGACCCAGGAAGCACCUCUAGAGGCAGUCUGUGUGACUGUCGCUUGAGGUGGAACCAGGCAGCAAUGUAAACUACGCCUUUUGUAUGAAAAGUCAGUGUUUACAUUUAAAGGCGUUCAGUGAUAGGAUAUUAACUUCAGAACAACUACAUUAAGAUGUAGUGGUUCUGGUGACUAUAGUGUCCCUUUAAGAACUGUAAUUUUGGUGUUGAUUUCUCUGAUUCCUAAAUUUUCUAACUGGCUCCUAGAUGCCAAGCAAAUUUGUCAAGCCCUGGGCUAACCUGCUUAGUGUUCACCUUUCAUCCGUCUGCAGUUUUUCAUGAUUCUCCUACAUUUACUUUAAAAAUAAAAUAAAAACUAUAGGGCACUCUAAGCACAUCUACAGAGUCUUUGGGUGCUGUCUCGUUGUUUUUUUGAAGAUUUGUUUUUUUGUUGUGUUUGUUUGUGGGUUUUUUAUUUUUUUCUAAGAUAGAUUUUAAGUAGCCUUAAGUAGUAAAAUGUAAAACUUUUUUAAAAAAUGUUAUUAUUCUUUAAUCUGUAUUUUGUAUGGAAUUUGGCCUUUACUGCAGCACUACUGCUGUAAAAAGCAUGCUCUGGGUGUGCCCCUGUUUCCUUUUUUUCUUUUUUUUUUUUUGAGAUAGAUAUAUGAUAUAUGAGUCUAUAUCUUUUUUUUUUGUGUGAAAUUAAGUAUGACAGUGACAGAAAACAUUUAGUGUGACGGAAAACAUUACUCUCCGCACCCAAAGUCUUGCCUCUUGCCUGGUGCGCAAAUAAGCAUCCUCAAACUUUGGAGAGUGUCCAAAUAAUGCAUUAAAAAUAUUUUUGAAUUCCUACAUUUGCUUAAUGUUCCUUCCGCUCACAACUUAUCCACUGAGCUCUUACCCAACCAAGCAAUGAGGUGAUUGAAUCUUGAUGCUCCCUUAUACACUGAACAAAAUUAUAAACGCAACACUUUUGGUUUUGCCACCAUUUUUCAUGAGCUGAACUCAAAGAUCUAAGACUUUUUCUAUGUACACAAAAGGCCUAUUUCUCUCCAAUAUUGUUCAGAAAUCUGUCUAAAUCUGUGUUAGUGAGCACUUCUUCUUUGUCGAGAUAAUCCCUCAACAUCACAGGUGUGGCAUAUUAAAAUACUGAUUAGACAGCAUGAUUAUUGCACAGGUGUGCCUUAAGCUGGCCACAAUAAAAGGCCACUCUAAAAUGUGCAGUUUUAUCACACAGCACAAUGCCACACAUGUCACAAGUUUUGAGGGAGCGUGCAAUUGGAAUUCUGACUGCAGGAAUGUCCACCAGAGCUGUUGCCCAUGAAUUGAAUGUUCCUUUCUCUACCAUAAGCAGUCUCCAAAGGCGUUUCAGAGAAUUUGACAGUACAUCCAACCGGCCUCACAACCGCAGACCACGUGUAACCACUCCAGCCCAGGACCUCCACAUCCAGCAACUUCACCUCCAAGAUCGUUUGAGACCAGGCACCCAGACAGCUGCUGCAACAAUCGGUUUGCAUAACCAAAUAAUUUCUGCACAAACUGUAAGAAACCGUCUCAGUGAAGCUCAUCUGCAUGCUCAUCGGGGUCACCAUGGUGGCCCUGUGGUUAUGGACAACUAACACAGGUGCAUGUUAUUAAUGGCAUUUUGAAUGCACAGGGAUACCGUGACGAGAUCCUGAGGCCAUUUGUUGUGCCAUUCAUCCACGACCAUCACCUCAUGUUGCAGCAUUAUAAUGCACGGCCCUAUAUUGCAAGGAUCUGUACACAAUUCCUGGAAGCUGAAAACAUCCCAGUUCUUGCAUGGCCAGCAUAUUAACCGGACAUGUCACCCAUUGAGCAUGUUUGGGAUGCUCUGGAUUGACGUAUACAACAGCAUGUUCCAGGUCCUGCCAAUAUCCACCAACUUCGCACAGCUGUUAAAGAGGAGUGGACCAACAUUCCACAGGCCACAAUCAAAAACCUGAUCAACUCUAUGCGAAGGAGAUGUUUUGCACUGCUUGAGGCGAAUGGUGAUCACACCAGAUACUGACUGGUUUUCGGACUCCACCCUUUGACACUCCUAAUACAGUAAAACUGCACAUUUUAGAGUUGCCUUCUAUUGUGGCCAGCCUAAGGCACACCUUUGCAGUAUUCAUGCUGUCUAAUCAGCAUCUUGAUAAUGCCACAUCUGUGAGGUGGGUGGAUUAUCUCGGCAAAGGAGAAGUGCUCACUAACACAGAUUUAGAGUGAACAAUAUUUGAGAGAAAUAGGGCUUUUGUGUACAUACAAAUAGUCUUAGAUCUUUCAGUUCAGCUCAUGAAAAAUGGGGGCAAAACCAAAAGUGUUGCGUUUAUAAUUUUGUUCAGUGUAUGUAUGCCUCUGCUGAAUAGCUCCUCUUAAUACAGCAAUAUACUAGUGCAUCACAUACAUUUGUAUCAAUCAAGCUUAUUGUAAGAGAGGAACAGAAUAACAAUUGAUGAGCUUGUGGAGCAAAAAUAUUUUAAAAAGUAAAACUAAAAUACUUCAGUAACUGAUUUAAUUAAGCAUUGUGGUUAUACCUCCUCAUAGUAUUGGUUUGUUUGUUUUUUAUUUAUUUCAUCAGCCUAACCAUUUUCAAUUUGUAUCUUAGGUUAUACACAGCUCUGUGAUUGGUGGAGUGUGGGAGUUAUCCUUUAUGAAAUGCUUGUUGGUCAGCCUCCUUUUUUGGCACAGUCUCCUUUGGAAACCCAAAUGAAAGUAAGGCUGGAAAACCAUUUCCAUCCUGUGUACCUCAAUACCAAUGUAUCUAUCUUUACUCAAUCCAAAAUGUUACUUAAAAAUAAUAAUUUAAAUAUGUUCUAUGCUGGUUCUCAACCUUUUUUAGUAGAAGUCCUCCUCGUGAACCUCCAUACUUUUGUUAUCUUAAUGACCUUUUCUACCCAGUACCCUACCUUCCGCUUCAUGACACUGAUUUCAUACUAUAUUCUCUGUUCUCUACGCAUUGCAUCCCUGCAUUCUCCUUCUAUUUUAUAAUGCUCUUUUGUUUUUGUUUUCUUACCCCACAUUAUUUUUUCUUCCAAUGUACAAGUCACCCCAUCACAUUAUUUCCCUCUCCUGUUGCUUUUGUCCUUUCACUGCAUAUAUGUAUCUUUUACCCCCCUCCACUCAUAGCUUUUUAUUUUACCUCUUAAUGCAUUUGCAUUGUCUUAUUUCCCCCUCUCUUUUUUUCUUUAUCCCUCACAGUUAUCGUCAGCUCCACUAUUGUAUGUAUUUUUAAAAUCCCUUAUCAUCCACUUUCCUCUGCUCUUUCCCCUCAUGGAUGUGGAGGCCAAACUCAGAAGGCACACUGCCUGAUUUUGUAGAGAUACACUCCACAUAUAAUUUUGAGGCUUUUUGAGCUAUUGAUGUGCUGCACAGUAGUGUCAAUUUUAUUGGUUUGGAGUUCUCCUAGCAUCUCACCUGCCUGAGUUCAUCCUAAAGGAAAACCAUACAAGUGAAGUAGGAAGGACGGACAGGUCCUGUGUGAGAGCAACAUGGAAAGACUAGAGAAAUGACCCGAAUUAUAUUUUUGCAGAAGUUUUGGACAGGCAGUCUGAGAAUCUUUUAAUCUGCUUUUUGAAACUAGUCUUUGCUACAGGGGUAUGCAGAAGAGAUGUGCCCUACUGCAAGUGUAACUGAAAACAUAAUUAAUGCUCUCAACAGAUAACAUGGGUAAUGGAAAUAAAUUAAAAUGUGAGCUUUUAAUAGCUAUAAGCCAAAUGGCUAGAAAACUGAAAACCUAUAUCUGUCACCAGGGCCGCCACCAGAAAUUUUGGGCCCCUAACUCCGCUCAGGGCCCCGCCUCCAAAUACCACCCACAGGAAUACACACAGACACAAACACUGAUACAAAAGGACAUAGAUACAUACUAACAGACACACAUACAGGCAUACAUACUGACACACACAUAUACAGACACACAGGCAUACAUUGUGACAGACAUACUAACAUACAUACAGACACACAUGCAUGAGGACAUAAAGACAUACAUACAUACAUACAAACAGACCUACUGACAUCCAUACACACAUACAUUCAUAAUGGCAUACAGACCUGCAUACAUACACACAUUCAGACUGACAUACAUGCAUAUAUAUAUACUGACAUACAUGCAUACAGACAUCCAUACACACAGACAUACGUUCAUUAUGAUAUGCAGACAUACAUAUAUACAUACAUAAUGACAUACAUACAUAUAUACAUACAUAAUGACAUACAUUGAUACUGGCAUACUUACAUACUUACAUACAGACAUACUUGCAUACAUACAGACAUACAUACAUAUAUACAUACAUAAUUACAUGCAGACAUACAUUGAUACUGGCAGACAUACAUACAGACAUAUAGACAUACAUACUGACAGACAUACAUUCAUAGACAUAUAGACACAUACAGACAUACAUGCAUACAUAGACAUGCAUACAUAGACAUGCAUACAUAGACAUGCAGACAGACGGGCGGAGACACAUAGACAUACAUACAUAGACAUAGACGCAGACGGGCGGGCGGGCAGGGGCGGGCGGAGAGACGGAGACAGGGAGACAGACAUACAGAGCUCAUGUUUCAGCCACCCUCCUGUCUCUUACAGGGAGGCAGGCAGAGACAGGCAGGGAGACAGGCAGGCAGACAGAGAGAGACAGACAGAGAGAGACAGACAGACAGAGCUCAUGUUUCAGCCACCCUCCUGUCUCUUACAGACAGGCAGAGAGAGACAGGCAGGCAGGCAGACAGGCAGAGAGAGACAGACAGGCAGGCAGAAAGACAUACAUACAGAGCUCAUGUUUCAGCCACCCUCCUGUCUCUUACCUUGUCUUUGCAGGAGGGUGGCUUGGGCUGAUGGGAGUAGUCGCACGGCAGCACUCUUCCCCCCCCCCCCAGCAGCACUUGCUGAGGCUGCUUUUUCUUUCUUUUUUUUUUAAGGAAGAUAUAGGGCCCAUGCUGUAGGGCCCCCAGGGCCACCAGGCCCGUGAAAAACCGUUAUAGUUGUCACCCCCUGAUGGCGGCCCUGUCUGUCAUGACAGGUUCGCUUUUAACCCUGCAGCUGUAAACAUAGCAGUUUCAGAGAAACUGCUAUGUUUAUGUUAGGGUUAAUCCAGCUUCUAGUGGCUGUCUCAUUGAAAAUCACAGUGAGAAGACGCUGACGUCCAUAGGGGGAGAAGGGGGACCUAAAGACCCUAUAGUGCCAGGAAAAGAAUUUGCUUUCCUGGCACUAUAGUGGUCCUUUAAGUUUUUCUACCUGUGAAGCCACUGACAUCCACACUACUUUUUACAGUGCUUCUUAUUCCUCUCCUAAAUUGUGUCCUGGGCUUACCAUUACAAGUAAUCCCUCCCUGUAUAAUUUGUUCAAUACUUGCUUACCUCCUACUCUCUGAGAUGCUGUAUAAACUUACAUGAUUGCAUAAGCACUGGCUGUAAAGCACUGCUUUAGAUAAACUGAAUAUGUUACUCUUCCACUAUCUAUUGUGCAGUCUUUUUCCAUUUUCAAUAAUAGUGAAAAUGGGAAGGGGGGAACAUAAUCAAUGAUACUAUUUAAGGGGUAUCCAUUUAUAAGGGAGUUAUUUUAUUUUCAUUUAUAUUUGUUUCUACAGGUGAUCAAGUGGCAAACAACACUUCACAUUCCUCCUCAAGCUAAGCUUUCACCAGAAGCUUCUGAUUUAAUUGUCAAGCUGUGCCGUGGUCCUGAAGAUCGCUUAGGUAAAAAUGGAGUUGAUGAGAUUAAAGCCCACCCUUUCUUUAAAAACAUUGAUUUUUCUAGUGACUUACGUCAACAGACAGCCUUGUACAUACCCAAAAUCACUCACCCUACAGACACUUCUAACUUUGAUCCUGUGGAUCCAGAUAAACUGUGGAAUGACGAGGAUAAGGAUGGUAAUAAGAAUGACACCUUGAAUGGGUGGUACAAAAAUGGCAAGCACCCCGACCAUGCCUUCUAUGAAUUUACUUUCAGGAGAUUCUUUGAUGACAAUGGGCAUCCAUACAAUUAUCCUAAGCCAAUUGAAUAUGACUAUGAUGAUACCCUGGAUGUUGGACAGCAGCAGUCUGAUGUAGAGGAAAGUGCACAAGCUGGGAAGAAACCCCCAAAUCGGGACUUGGUAUAUGUAUAAAGAAAAUAUGUGGGAAAAAUUGUUUAUCUGCUUAGAGAAUGAGGUGAUUAUUGGCCACAGUUUGAAUGGACACACUUUUCAUAUGGUAGAGUUUGAUCAAACAUUCUUGAUUUCACAGAAAUAAAAAAUAAAAAAAAACACUGUAGUGAUUAGGCAAUGAAAUAAAAGCGUAGAAUGACCAUUAAAUAAAGUAGUGGCAUUUGUUUUAGGUAUUUCAUAUCCUAUAAAUCCAGACGAAAAAAAACUUUGUUCCAGGCUGUUAAAGCACCUUUUGGUUGUGCUUUCCAGUUCCUAUGUUGUACUUUAUAUAAUUUUGUUAAAAGCAUUGCUUGCUGAUGAAAUGGGCCUCUUUUAAGUAAACUUUUAUCUAUAGCAACAUUAUGCAAGCUGGUUUUGUGUGGAAUGUCACACAAUAUGUAACUUUUAUUUACAGCUUGUUAUACCAUUUAUUCUGUUUUUGAUAAGGUUGCACACUAAAUGUCACCACCUAUUCCAUUGCACUCUUAUGAGUGCUGCUGUGUAAUAUAACUGGUUACAAAUAAUUCAUUUUGUUAAUUCUCUCGACUUGUUUAUUUCUACUGAACACAUAUACUGGCUGUAAUAGGUUUAAAAAUAUGUGCCUUGUAAUGGCUAAUCCAGU